AUGACUGAAUCUCUUUUGUGGAAUAACUUGAAGUACGAACUUCAGCCAUGGAUCAGAACUGCCAUAGAUGUAAUGGGCUUUGAGAGAAUGACUCCAGUACAAGCAUCGACUAUACCUAUGCUAGCAGGAAAUAAAGAUGUUGUGGUUGAUUCAGUGACUGGUUCUGGUAAGACGAUAGCAUUUGUUAUCCCAGUACUGGAAAAAAUAAUUUCUGAACAGGCUAAUAAUGUUAAAUUUAAAAAAGGACAUUUUCAUACUCUAAUAAUUGCUCCCACACGAGAACUUUCUAAACAAAUUCAAGCCGUUAUUGAUUCAUUUCUAGACCAUUAUCCAGAAGGAUUAUAUCCUAUCAGAUCAAAACUUUUAGUUGGAACAAAUACACGAACUGUAAGAGAUGAUGUUGCUCAAUUUUUGGAUGAUCGUCCUCAAAUUCUAGUAGGUACUCCAGGUAGAAUUUUAGAUUUUUUGGGGAAUCCUACUGUUAAAACGAGUUCAUGCAGUAUGGUUAUUUUAGAUGAAGCAGAUCGAUUAUUGGAUGGGAGCUUUUUAGGUGAUGUGGAAAAUAUCUUAGGGAUCCUCCCAAAACAAAGAAGAACAGGGCUGUUUUCCGCUACAAUAAAUAGUGCCGGUGAGAAUAUAUUUAAAACUGGUUUGAGAAAUCCAAUAAAAAUUACUGUAAAUUCUAAACAAAGUGCUCCACAGUCCUUAAAUAUAGAUUAUGCAGUGGUAAAAUUAGAGAAAAAAUUAGAAUAUCUUUUAACGUUAUUAAACAAUUAUAAAUUUAAAAAAUGCAUUGUAUAUUUCCCAACUUGCAUAUUUGUUAAUUAUAUUUACAAUUUUUUUCAACAUUUACAAAAAUCGAAAGUUAUUGAGAGCAAAUUAAGUAUCUUUUCUUUACAUGGAAAACUACAAACAAGCUCCAGAAUGAAAACAUUAGAUUCAUUCACACAAACUUUUGAUAAUGCGAUACUAUUAACAACUGAUGUUGCUGCCAGAGGGAUUGAUAUUCCAGAUGUAGACCUUGUCAUUCAGGUUGAUCCUCCAACUGAUAGUGAUGUAUUCCUUCAUAGGUGUGGUAGAACAGGUAGAGCUAAUAGGAUUGGUAAGGCAAUAGUAUUUUUGAGUGAAGGUAGGGAAGAGGAUUUUGUUCCAUUUAUGAAAGUCAAAAACGUUGAACUUCAAAGAACAGACCUGAAAAUAUCUAACCUACCUAAUAAUUUUUAUGAUAUCUUCAAAACUUGGGUCUUAGAAGAUCGUGCUAGAUUAGAUUUAGGUAUAAAAGUUUAUGUCUCAUUUAUUAGAAAUUAUUCUAAGCAUUCAGCAGGUUCUAUUUUUAGACUACAGUCUUUUGAUUAUGCCGGACUUUGCAAGAUGCUGGGACUGUUUCGUUUACCAAGAAUGCCAGAAAUAACAAAACAUUUAAAUGAGACGACCUCAUCUUCUAAAAUAUAUGAAGGUGGCUGGCUAAUUGACCCACCUUUAGAUUUAAAUCAAAUACUCUUACGUAGACGAGAAAAAAGAAAAAAUAGAUUGGAUGAUUUGAAAAAUUUGAAAGCUAUUAAUGAUAAAAAGAAACUUAAAAGUGAAUUAAAAAAGAAGAAUAUGUCUUGGUCAAACAAAACUGACUCUAAAGAGGCAAAAGCAGGCCGUAGAGCAAAAGCUCAAUUGAAGAGAAAGGCAAUUGAAGAACAACUUAAGCUUGCAAAUGAUAGCUCCAACGAGAGUGAAGAAGAAGAUUGGAAGGAGUUAGUAUUACAAAAGAAGAGAAAGAAAGGGGUCAUUACAGAUGUACAAGGUAGCUUUGAUGACUUAUAG